AUGCCCUCGAGUCUCGCUUGGCUGACGGCCCCGCUUCUUCGUCUUCAUCAGAGUCGGUUUCGUCGCCGGAAUCAUGCUCUUCCCCCUCCCUCUGUCUCUCAGUCUCUUCCCGACGCUCGGCUUCGGCGGCGACUCUCGCCGCUUCCUCCAUCUCAGCCACCUCGACCACCUUCUCGGCCUCAGCAGCGGCCGUCGCUUCGUCCACCGCCGUCUUCCUGCGACGCUCCGCCGCAUCCGCUUGGAUGGCUCCACCAAGAGCCUCUGCGCGGACCUGGAGGAGAGAAGCGCGGACGACAACCCCGUCCGAAGAAGGAUGCAGAAAAGCCGGAAGCCCUGCCUGGGAAGAGGAAUCGUGACGACCACGACGACCUACCUCCACCACCGAAGCGACAAGUCAGCAUGAUCAUGGGAGGCUUCCUGGAUAACGACGAUUCCAUAUCGGCGAUCAAGGAAUACGAACGAAAGGCCGUCACGGCACAACGCUACCCGUAUAUCCAUAAAGGGAUCCCUACAUCUCCUUUACGGAUAAGGAUGCGAGCGGGCUGGACAUCCCUCACCUCGACCCACUCGUAA